CCAUAUCAGAAUUUAUUAUCAAAAGAGCGCGUUGAUAUGGAAGAGAACAAAUACGCGAUGAAUUUCGACUAUAUAAAUGGAAACCCAGCUCUUUGGUAGUCAGUUGAGUGUAGACUUUCUUCAAGUAACGUUCAUAUUAAAAAGUCCAAUCAGUUGAUCAUGUUUUCGUUGGUUUUGCUAGCCGUGUCACUCUUGACAUUGGCGUGGUUCUAUGUUAAGCACCAUUAUGACUUCUGGGAUCGAAGAGGAUUUCCGUACGACAGGCACUCCGGGAUUCCAUUCGGAUGUCUGGACAGCGUCUGGAGGCAGGAGAAGAGCAUGGGCUUGGCCAUCUAUGAUGCGUAUGUGAAGAGCAAAGAGCGCGUCUUGGGCAUUUACUUGCUCUUCCGUCCGGCUGUUCUGGUCAGAGAUGCCGAGCUGGCUCGUCGAGUGCUGGCCCAGGAUUUCGCCAGCUUUCACGAUCGCGGGGUGUAUGUCGAUGAGGAGAAGGAUCCGCUGUCGGCCAGUAUAUUUUCCCUUCGAGGUCAGAGCUGGCGGGCAAUGAGGCACAUGUUGUCGCCCUGUUUCACCUCCGGAAAGUUAAAGGCCAUGUUCAGUACCUCCGAGGACAUUGGUGACAAAAUGGUGGCUUUCCUUCAGAAAAAGCUGCCAGAAAAGGAUUUCGAGGAGGUGGAUCUGAAGAAAGUGAUGCAAGACUAUGCUAUCGACAUUAUUGCCUCGACAAUCUUUGGCUUGGACGUAAACAGCUUCGAAAACCCGGACAACAAGUUCCGAAAACUGGUGUCGAUUGCCAGAGCUAAUAAUAGAUUCAAUGCCUUGUUUGGUAUGAUGAUCUUCCUUUUGCCCUCAAUGGCCAAGUUUCUGUUCAGAAUUGGUUUUAAAAAUCCAGUCGGUCUGGCCAUGCUGGAGAUUGUCAAGGAAACCGUUGAGCACCGAGAGAAAAACGGAAUUGUUCGCAAGGAUCUGCUGCAGUUGCUCAUUCAGCUAAGAAACACGGGCAAGAUCGAGGAAAAUGAUGAGAAAUCCUUUAGUUUCCAGAAGACACCAGAUGGUCAUAUCAAGUCCAUUUCUUUGGAGACCAUCACCGCUCAGGCUUUUAUAUUCUAUAUAGCUGGUCAGGAAACAACUGGAUCGACUGCAGCUUUUACCAUCUAUGAGUUGGCCCAAUAUCCAGAGUUACUGAAGCGCUUGCAGGAUGAAGUGGACGAGACGCUGGAGGAGAACGACGGAAAGAUCACCUACGAUUCCCUGCACAAGAUGGAGUUUUUGGAGCUUUGCCUGCAGGAAACAAUACGGAAAUAUCCAGGUCUACCUAUCCUGAACCGCGAAUGCACCCAGGACUACACCGUACCCGACACCGACCAUGUGAUUCCCAAGGGAACUCCAGUUGUGAUCUCUCUGUACGGUAUUCACCACGAUGCCGAGUAUUUCCCGGAUCCCGAGACUUACGAUCCCGAUCGGUUCUCUAAGGAGAGUCGCAACUAUAAUCCCACAGCAUUUAUGCCGUUUGGGGAGGGUCCCAGGAUUUGCAUUGCUCAGAGGAUGGGUAAAGUUAACGCCAAACUAGCGAUCAUCAAAAUCCUGCAGAACUUCAAUGUUGAAGUGAUGAGCAAACGCCAGAUAGAGUUCGAGAACAGCGGCAUUGCCCUGAUGCCCAAACAUGGAGUUCGAGUUCGUCUGUCCAAGAGAGUGUCCACAUCCCUCUGAACUUCCCAUCGUGAUGAAAUACAACAGCUAAGUGGCAAUAAAUUCACUUUGAUUAUUUGAAUUAUAGUCAAACCGCUAAGUGCUAUUAUGGCAAUGAUAAGGAUAACCUCCAUAAAAAAGAUGUCAAAAAAACUGUUUUCUAAUAUUGUCCUUGAAACUUUAACAAUGAACUUCUUAAAAGCUCUUAUUUUGCAUUUGCGGCUGGAAAAAGUUACUGUGUUUCAAUAGCGUAGAUUAGUACUUAUGUUCUUUAGAUCAAGCCAAGGAUUUUUAAUAUCGUCCUUUGAUAACCAUGAACAAUAUCUUAUAAAAAUGUUUCACUUUCAAUAACUAUUUAAAUUAAACAAAUAUAAACAAUGUUUAUUUGUUAAUUUCAUUUUCUCCGGUUGUGUUUGUUCAUAUUUUCGUAAUCAUUUUUAGGUGCAAUCGAUGGUUGAGGCUUCUUAUCGCUAUCAUAAGUUCGCAAUGAUAGGAGAACCCGCUGCGAUUACUGAUUACUAAUGCCUAAAAGAGAUACCAUAGGUUAACAUAUUCUAUAUUAAUAAUUUAGGCAAAAAAAGAAUGAGCUGUGCAAACGGGCCUGUGGAAUUUGGAACUCUACAAAUCAGGAA